AUGCCCUCGAGAAGUUCCAGGAACGGUCCAACCGAAGUCCCUUCCAGUGGUGGUAGAGGUACUACGGCAACUGCACACUCAGCUGAUCAAACUUUCACUCAUGCUCCUGAUACAUGGCAAUUUCAAGCUGGAACCAUGCUAGCUAUGCAUGACGAAAAUCGUGACCUGGGGGACAUCCAAGGCGACUGGAUUGUACAUCGACGUACAGACUACGACGGCAGCCAGAGACUUGUCGAAGAGCCAGAAAGAUCUUACGACGCUAAUACUGGUACAAUUACUCAUGCGGGGACAACGUACACAAGAAGCUCAAUGUUGCAUGAGGAGCACGACGAACGAUUGUUGGUAUAUAAAACCUCGCUCAACGAACAGAUGAUUCCUGUCGGUCAGGAACUCAUAACUCGUGAUAUCUCCCAAUACCUCACUGGGACAUACAAUGUUGAGAACCAUGAGUAUUUAGUGGCGAAAAAUUGCCAGCUUGGUAAAGAACGAUGGGCAAAGAUGGCUCCUCCAGAUUGGCUUGAGGUGCCUCUCUGA